AUGGAGGGCGAGGAGUCCAGCAUGGAGGGCAAGGGGGACUGGUCCCCCCCGCCAGGCCAGGAGCCCUCGGGCCCGUCCCCCCCACCAGGCCAGGAGCCCUCCGGCCCGUCCCCCCUGCCGGCCGAGGAGCCCUCGGGCCCGUCCCCCCUGCCGGCCGAGGAGCCCUCGGGCCCGUCCCCCCCACCAGGCCAGGAGCCCUCGGGCCCGUCCCCCCCACCAGGUCAGGAGCCCUCGGGCCCGUCCCCCCCGCCAGGCCAGGAGCCCUCGGGCCCGUCCCCCCCGCCAGGCCAGGAGCCCUCGGGCCCGUCCCACGAGGCACCAGCUGGGGCUGGGGUGGAGCCUGACGAGGAGGAGGACCAGGAGGAAGUGGAAGUGACCGACAUCCACACCCAGACGAAGCACAAGCCCCUGGGCGGCACGAAGAAGAAAGCAGCCAAGAAAGCGGUUGUGGGCUAUUCGGUGCGGCCCAUCGUCCCGGCCAGGAGGGCCGAGCUGGUGGCGGUGGCCAAGGCCAUGCACCGGGAGCAGUUCGGCAGGGAGGUGCAGGAGCUGUUCCACCUGGAGAGGGAGGCGGCCCUCAAGGCCAUGCAGACAGGUCUCUACAUCGGCUGGCGCUGCCCCGAGUAUCUGUGGGACUGCUUCCGCGUGGGUGACCUCUCCAAGUGCUUCUGCGGGCACCUCCUGCGGGAGCACCAGGUCUAUACGCGUGCGCGGAUGCCCUGCAUCGUGCCCAGCUGCACGUGCCAGAGCUUCCUCUUCAUCCCCUCCCGGCCCGAGGACGGGGGCGAGUUCUGGCUGAGGAGGAGAGCUGGCUUCGACCCCUCCGCCUGGCGGGCCACGUGCCGCUGCCUGCACACCGAGGAGCACGCGCCCAGCGCCCGCCGCGCCUGUCGAGCCGCAGGCUGUUGGUGUGUCUGCUUUGAGUCCAACUUCCUGUGUGCGGCCUGCGACCGGCGCUGGGAGGAGCACGAGACCUUCUUCGAGACGGCUGAGACUCGGAGAAAAGGGGGCCGGCCCUAUGGAGAAGACUACUUGCCCUUUGCCGAGAUGCCUGAGCUGCGGGACACCGUCCUGACGGGACACCCGGGGCACAGCUCUGCCCCCCAGGCCCCGCUGGGGAGCUCCCUGCCCCGUCCUCACACGCUCUGCCUUUUCCCUCCCCAGGACUGCGAAGCCCAGCCAAGCAGAGCGGCAAGAAGGCGUGAGGCCCGCCCCGGGGCAGCCACCAAUAAAGGGACUUGGCUCUGCACGUGUGGAGGGACUGGGGAGGUGCGGCUGACUGGCCUGUAG